UCAUGUUAAUGAUUUUUUUUUUUUUUUAAGGAGCCCCUGCUUAUAAUUAAAAUCAAAGGUCAUUCUUCUUUUCUCUGUUGCGUUCUCAAUAACUUUAAUAGGAUGCUUCCAGGAAACAAGAUUUCCAGAGUUGGUUAAUUGACUGGUGUUUUCAUCAGAGACGAGAGCAGCUAUUUAGAUAUCCAAGCAGAAAGGUUCUGAAACUCAAAUAGCAGAACCAAAAGGGUCCCUUCAUCUUAUCUAUGCACUCCUGGUUUUACUACAUAUGCAAACUUCAAUUGGAUCCAAUUCAACAACAGCUGAUGAUGGAGUUAAGUGCAUAGAGAGCGAAAGACAAUCUCUUCUCGCAUUUAAGCAAGUUCUGGUUGAUGAAAAUGGAUGGCUUUCCUCAUGGGGCAGUGAAGAAGAGAAAAAGAAUUGCUGUGAAUGGGAAGGAGUUCAAUGUAGCAACACAACUGGGCACAUCACUAUGCUUAAUCUAAGCAAAUAUUCGUAUGAUCAUCAUUUUGUCUUGAGAGGUAACCUUAGUCCUUCUCUAUUUGAGUUGCAUCACUUAAUUUAUUUAGACCUCAGUGGGAAUAAUUUCAACUUAAGCCACAUUCCAGAGUCUAUUGGUUCACUCAACAAAAUACAACAUCUUGAUCUCUAUCAUUGUAAUCUAAGUGGAUCUCUUCCUAGUCAGCUUGCAAACCUCACAAGUCUGCAAUAUCUUGAUCUUAGCUAUAAUAACUUCAACAGUGUCAAAAAUCUUGAGUGGCUUUCUCGUCUUUCUUACUUGCAAUACCUUGAUCUGAGUCAAAUCGACCUUAGUAAGGUCAACAAUGACUGGCUGCAGUAUUUCCCCAUAAUUAAUUCUUCUAGUACUUCUCUCGUUCACCUUGGUCUAAGUGGCAACAAUUUGACUGCUUCUGCAUUCCAAUGGUUGUUCAACCUUAGCAACAGCCUUGUUAGUCUCUACUUGAGUUCUAAUCAAUUUCGAGGUCCAAUUCCAGAAACUUUUAGUCACAUGACUCUCCUAGAAGAGCUACUUCUCUCAAACAAUCAGUUUGAAGGAGAGAUUCCAAAAUCCUUUUGGAGUGGUAACUUGUCAUCAUUGCGAUACUUGGUUCUUUCAAGCAAUAAACUGAGUGGUAAUAUACCCAAAAGUAUCGGAUUGCUGUCAAAGCUUGAGGUCUUGUAUAUUUCUUUCAAUUCUUUUAAUGGGGUGAUCACUGAGGAACACUUCUCAACGCUAUCUAAUUUAUUGUCCUUGGGCAUGUCUUCUAAUAAUCUGAGCAUCAACUUCAGCCGUGACUGGAUUCCUCCAUUCCAGUUGAAAGGUAUUCAGCUAGCAUCUUGCAAGUUGGGACCUGAUUUUCCAAGCUGGUUACAGACCCAAAAGAACUAUGUGAAAACCGGCCCAUCUUCUUCUUCGAUCACUGCACCACCUUCACUCUACACUCUUCCAAACUCUUUCUCAGACUUGGCAAUGACGGAUUCAAAAUCUCCGUCAGCAGAAACGAAGCAUCAUUCACCGACGAAAGCAGAAGCCAAGGCAGUCUCUUCACUGUACACCACGGGGAGAACGAUGGUGUUUGCUUAUGGCGUCACAUUUGCUUUUGUUGCUUGUACGGCUUUCUUGGUGCCAAACCCAUCUUCCAAUUCCUCUCCUUGGAUAAAAAACUUCCUCAAGUCGUCGUCUUCCAGUUCCCGGUUUUCCUCUCUUUUCUUUUCUUUUGUUUCUAAUUCUUCCCAAACCGAUGGCAACCCACUUCCUUUCACUCGGCCACCGGCCGCCCCUUUCCGGGUUUCUUGGGAAAGCAGCGGAUUUAGUGGCAAAAAUGGGUCUUUGUCAAGUGAUGGAGAAAGUGGAGUGUCGGAGGAUGUUCGGGUAUUCAAUCAAACGGGUACUUUACUCUUCACUCCGACUGUUUCUUUCUCUCAGCUUCAAGCCUGCUCGUUCCGUUAGCAUUCGCCGGAUCCUGGCUUCCAUCUCUGACUUACCUCAGGGGAGCGAGCCAUCUCCGUCAGCCAGACGUGCGAGGUCGCCUUUGCCACAAGAAUAUCCCAUAUUUGAGGAAAAUGAAUCUUAAUUUUCUGUGUUCUUUCUUAUAUAGUUUGAGAAAACAACACUUUUUUUCUUUAAGUGUUGUAAAAGUACCAGAUAGUGUGUAUGUACCUAUGUAGAAUGAUAUAUAUAAUAACAUGAACAAUUAAUUAGAUUUUCCCCUGGUAAUCCAUGGAUUUUCUGCUACCAUGUCCAACUUUGCUUAGGAUCUGUAAAAAUGCAAAAGCAAAAAAAUAAAAUAAAAUAAAAUCUUACCACAUGUUAAUCUUUCUAACUUCAAAUUUUGGGUUUUUUUCAAGGAAAGACUAGCACCUUUGCAUAGAAGGCCUUGGAGCAAAUCUUUGUGUUCAGGAUCUAGUUCUUCUGGGAGUAUUAGAGGGCUGUUCACAAUCUGUUUAAAAAAAAGGGUAAAAUUUGAUAAAUGCAGGGAAAUUGUAUUGUAGCAGAAAGAUUUUAUGGUAAUACAAAGUUGUUACCUUGUUGUAAGUCUCUGUAUUUAGUUUCAGCUACCACAGGAUCCCUCAUCAACAAUUCCAACCUAUCCUCUUAAUUUUAUUUUAUUAUUUUUUUUCUUUUUUGAAUUUAAAGGUCUGCUUAGAUGGUUUGUUUUUCCCUUAUGUUUUUGUAUAAUCUAAUUUGUAAUAACUUCUUUGAAGCUGAGAUACUCUGUUGGCUUUAAUUCAACUAAAGUUUGAUGUCCUUA